AUGAGCGCAGCUCCACCGCCUCUACCGAUAGCUCGGUCCACACACCCGCCUCCCACGCAGGUCGAGUUCCUCCUGUCACAAGUGCGAGCGACACUCCGCUAUCUGUCCGAGAUUGGUGGGUUUGAUCCCGCCGUAUAUCGUCAGAUUCACAGUCUUCUCGCCGCAGGUGUCAUCGACCCUAGCCCUUUACCAAGGACCGCCACUGCAGCAGCAGCUGCUCCUCGAACGGCCGAGACACAGGAAGAGCUGGGAAAGCGAAACGCCUGGCUGCGCAAGACGCUCAGCGAGACCUCGAUCUUGCCCACCACGGUGGAGACGGCACUCUCCCUGACCGCGGGCCCGUUGCUGUCGGAUGACCAGAAGCAGGCGAUUGUGCAGCUUGUCGAGUUCUCACAGAAGGGCGUGGCGAACAAGCUCACCGACCCCACGCUGCAGAAGCGCACGCUGUCCGGUGCCAAGACCGCGCAGAGCUCGACGACGAGAGCGAUGGCAGGGUGGAGUCGCAACUUGAAAGCGUCGAGGGAGAGGAAGAAGUCGGAGACUGAGGAGAAGAAGCAGAGCAAGAAGCGGGAGAAGGAGGAAAAGCGGCAGAUCAGGGAGGAGCUCAAGCGGGAACGCCACGAGAUGAUUCGGUUGCGACAGCAGCAGAUGUUACAGGGGGAUGCCAGCAGCUUGCGAGAUGUUGCUAGCCCGGCGGCUUCUGGUUCGAGUUCGCUGGGGCAGAGCCUUGCGUCGCUGCAGAUGCAGCAGGAACAAGAAAGUUCCGGCAGCAGCCAGAUCAGCGGAGAAGACGACGAAGAGCGAGCGGCUAUCAUCACCAACCAUGGACCCAUCAACGUUGACAGCUGGCAGACAGGGGACGCUUUGAUUGCAGACACGGCAACCCUCACAGUCCUCUCGGAUCCGGUCACUGAUCCGAGCGUAGAGAGCAGCGUCGGAGGAACAAAUACCACCUUUGUCGUCGAACCGGGUCUGGCCAUUUCGUGCUCGCUUGUCGUCGUUAGAGGGAGCCAAGAACUCUUACAGAGGCUUCCGCUGGCGAGAGAUCAGACGUCUCUUCUGCUGUCGUAUCCGCCGCCUGAAAACCAGGGAGCUUCAGGUGCACAUCCACCACCGCCGAGUCAUCCCGAAGUGCUUGCGAUUCGAAGCCAAAGCGGAACGGGAACGCCUUCGCUGGCGGGUGUAGCCCAACCGCCUAUUCCGCCUCGUCCCAACAGCUCAAAGCCCGUGUAG